AUGAGUCCCUCUGUGAUAGAGAUUAGAGACUCAAUCUACUCUAAAGAUCCUAGGUUGUUGUAGACUAUCGAUGAUUUGUGCUACAUCACUUGGCUAUUCAGCAGGUAAGUCCUACUUUUAGGCACUACUAGACACUGGAGCUGUCUUUUUAUAAUUCAGAGUCAAUUGAAACAAACGUUUGUCAUGAUUGGCAGGACUCUUAGAAAACCUUAAGACCUACUUGAAGGUAGGCAUGUCUUUGAAUGGUGGCAAGAAUAAUGUAAGACCACUCAGUUAAUUUAGGGUGAAAUUACUAAUUCCCCUGUUUCCCUACUGAAACCUUAAGACCUCCGUGCAGGCAGGUACAUAUUUGAAUGGUGGUAAGACCUACUUACAGGCACACAAUAUUAUAGUAUGGUUCAGCCAAUUCAUGGGUAAGUCUGUAAUUUGCUUCCAAGGUUCUAAUAGCAAAUUUACAGUGGCCUGACCAUCAGAAAAAUUAGUAUGUCCUCGGGUAAUUCGGACUACUAUAUAAUAGAGGAGGCAUAAUUCCCUCUACUGACUAUUAAUUCCCCUAAGGAAGACUUGAGCCCUUAGGAAGAGGAUACUACCUUUCCUUUACACCUAGGAUAUGGAUAUGAGGAUGACUUGAGCCCUCUUAAAUCACAAAUGGUUUACUAAAUUUUACUGACAAACUUACUUUUCCCUCAAUGCUUGAGGAAGGAGGACGGUAAUUCCCCUCAUGGUAUAAUUCCCUAUUAUGGUAAUAAUGGCUAUUCUACUGUAUUCAGUAUUAUUACAUAAUGCAGGGGUAAAGAGAUUGCUUCCCUUCACAGAAAGAUGAUUAAAGAAGAAGAUAGGCAACUUCCUAUCUCUAAGGAUAAUAUCUUUGCUUCUACUAGACUAUCGGAAAGAAUAUCUGUGGAAGGGUAAGAGGAAUUCAUAAUCUCAAAUGUCAGUAAAUUGUAUCAGACAAUUACCCAUCUGCUUCUUAUUGUUCUGAUCUUACAUAACACCUGUUGCUGGUUAAUUAAUUUGCAUUCACAGAGUAGUCUUUGUCUCUCUAACAGUCUUUGUCUUUUUGUCUCUGUGCUCUCAGCUAUCUUUUCAAGUGAUUUAUCCAUUUUCCCUGCUGUAAUAAUAUAAUAUAUUAAGCAGGAAGAUACAUUGGGUAUAUGUAUAAGCACUGAGAUAUCAACUAGUCCUCUCAUUAGAGUUGUUCCUUAACUAGAGGGAUUAGAAAUCAGGGAUUGGGAGCUUAAUCAAAAUAAUUGUGUUGAGUCAGUCUACCUCACACUAAUUGAACUUUGGACUAUCUUUUUGUUAUAAGGUAAUCAUUCACACAGCGCCUACUUCCUUUGUGAAUUGCCUUGUCCAAGUUCCAAGAGCUUUAAAGAUCUGUUCAGCCUUACAGCUAUUAUAAAUACUCUAUACUAUUCGUCUGGGUUCUCAUAGUUAGAGUAAGCUCUUAACAGAUGGUUAGGUUUGUAAAAAGAAAUCUGCUGGCCUUGUGCCCUGAUUAAUGCAGAAAUCAAUAAUGCUUAAUUAUUGACUCAUAAGUUUAAUGUCUUUAUUGCAAUGAAGGACUAAGAAAUUUAUAGAAUUGAGGUAACUCAUCAAUUUUAUUUAAAUUUAGAUCCCUCUACUUAUUAUAUAAAUAAUUAAGCUCAAACUAGUUAUGAACUUGGUACAAAAGAUUUUCCCUAUAAAUAGCUUGACGAUGUUUUCAGAGAAGUUUUUAACAAUGCUAAUGAUUAAAAAUAUGGUGUCACCAUUAAAAUUAUGUCAAACAAUAACUUGACUUUGUAUUCGGAGUCAAUGCCCUUAUUCUUGAUAAAUCACAAUUUUACUAUAAUGUCCUACACCGAGUAAAUCAACCAAUAGAGCCGUUAAUUAGAUAAUAAUUAAAUUAAUGGAGAAUUGAUAAAUAUAGAAUUUGCCACAAUUGAUAUAUACUAUGGCAGAUAGUAUAAUAGAACAUAAAUGAUAGAUUCAGAAAUUUUCAACCCCACGCUUUUUAAAAAUGGCACACCCAUACCAUAUUCAAUCAAGUACUUAUAACUAUUAGAUUAAUAAGUCACAUCAACUUUUGAAAAGAUAUUUAAGUAUAAAUUCUUUUUGAAUAACUCAUAGUUGAUUAUCUUUAAGAUUAGAUUUAUUGAGCAUAGUGCUUAUUCUGUUAAUAAAAAUGCUUUGAUAAACUCUGGUCAAAGUCUUAAAUGGAUAAAUAUUAGUGAUUGUGAAUUCUACAUUUAUCAAGGGAUAUUUAGAAGUGAAUUUGGAAUGUGA